GGACAACUCCCAGCUUCCCCUCCCGCCCUCCCGCUCCGGCGGCCGGCCGGGCCAUGCCCAGAAAGGCGGCAGCGGCGGCCCGGCAGAAGGGACUUUCCUGGCGGCCCGGCGACGAGGAGCGCGUACUGUGAGUUUGCUGUGCUCGGUUCAUGGUUCCAGCAAGACCUCCCGGAGACCGAACGCCACAGUCCCUCCGCACACCUCGAAGAGCCUACUGCGACCCCCCGCGCCACCUCCGCCCCGCGCCCUCCGCCCGCGGCGGUGGAUGGCAUGAUGGUGCGGGGAAGGCACCGCGGCCCUGGCCAGCUGAGUCGCGACGGCCGUGGGGGCGGCGGCAGUGGAAGCGGCGGCGGUAGCGGGCUCCCCAGCGGCAUGCCAGUGCCCCCCGGGCGCGAUGGCUAGCGGCAGCGCUGGGAAGCCCACCUGCGAGGCGGCUUCUCCGGCUCCUGCGAGCGCUGUCGGCGGGACCAGCUCACAGCCUCGGAAAAGGCUGGUGUCCGUGUGUGACCAGUGCAAGGGCAAGAUGCAGCUGGUGGCCGACCUGCUACUGCUAUCAAGCGAGGCCAGGCCUGUGCUCUUCGAGGGCUCUGCCUCCACCGGUGCAGGCACCGAGUCCUUCGAGCAGUGCCGGGACACCAUCAUUGCACGGACCAAGGGGCUCUCCAUCCUCACCCACGACGUGCAGAGCCAGCUCAACAUGGGCCGCUUCGGAGAAGCGGGAGACAGACUGCUGGAGCUGGGCGAUCUGGUGGUGUCACUGACGGAAUGCUCUGCCCACGCGGCCUACCUGGCAGCAGUGGCCACGCCAGGUGCGCAGCCCGCACAGCCGGGUCUGGUGGACCGCUACCGUGUGACUCGCUGCCGCCACGAGGUGGAGCAGGGCUGUGCCAUGCUGCGCGCCACCCCGCUGGCUGACAUGACCCCACAGCUGCUUCUGGAGGUGUCGCAGGGCCUGUCUCGCAACCUCAAGUUCCUGACAGAUGCGUGCGCCCUGGCGAGUGACAAGUCCCGGGACCGCUUUGCACGUGAGCAGUUCAAGCUGGGCGUCAAGUGCAUGAGCACGAGCGCUUCCGCGCUGCUGGCCUGCGUGCGUGAGGUCAAGACCGCGCCCAGUGAGCUGGCGCGCAGUCGCUGCGCACUCUUCAGCGGGCCGCUGGUGCAGGCAGUGAGCGCGCUGGUGGGCUUCGCCACCGAGCCGCAGUUCCUGGGUCGCGCAGCGGCCUUGAGCUCCGAGGGCAAGGCCGUGCAGACUGCCAUCCUCGGUGGCGCCAUGAGCGUGGUGUCGGCCUGCGUGCUCCUGACCCAGUGCCUCAGGGAUCUGGCGCAGCACCCCGACGGGGGCGCCAAGAUGUCGGACCACAGGGAGAGGCUGAGGAACUCGGCCUGCGCCGUGUCUGAAGGCUGCACCCUGCUAUCUCAGGCUUUAAGGGAGAGGUCUUCGCCCAGGACUUUACCGCCAGUGAAUUCCAAUUCUGUGAAUUAGCACCCCCUUUUACCCACCCCACCCCCUUUUUCCACCCCCAGGCUAAAGGAAGAUACUUAUUGUCUGCCCCUCUCCAUUUAUACCAAAGAAAUCAUAGGUGAAGCACCCUCCCACCCCCCACGUUAGAUGCUCGAGAGGAUCUUCCAGAAGGCAGGGCGGCGCAUCCAGUUUACACACACACUCGGGCGUGCCCCGCAGCCCCCGCAGCAUAGGGACCUGGAGACCGAGGACGUGUAAUCUGCUGUUGCGGGGUCACCCCCACCCCACCCCAGCUCCUCUUCAGGAACCCCUCCACCAAACUAUUAAUUGGGCAGGAAGGAAGUCAUGGGUUCAUUUCUUUUUAGGUCUUUUCUGAUUUAAAGAAAGGUUACCUCAGUUUUCACUCCGUAGACAUGGAUGUAGCUACCUUUUUUGUAUGUUGUCAUUUUUUAAGUCGGAUGAGGCAUAUACUUGGUGUGGGAAGAGUCUGCCCUUGCCACGUGAUUUGCAGAUGGAGGGAAAAUCUACUGUGAGUGUGUGUUUUAUUUUCUGAUUUACACUAUCGAGUGAUUUUUUUCUCCCCAAUGUCAAGUUUUUACCUUGCAUGUACUGGAGUAUUUAUUUCCUCUAUUAAAACGUUAUGUUUCUCAGA